AGGUCGACUUCAGCUGUUUACAUUUUCUACUUCGCCACCCAUGGCAAAAGGCUCGCAGCUGUCGCAGCUGAAGGCAGCUAUUAACCAGGCUGGACUGUCACGUCCUCAGCAGAAUGGCAAGAAAAGAAAACGCACUGCGCCGGACCAGAAGGACAAGGAGAAGAAAGCAGCGAAACUGCAGGAGAUACACCAGAAGCUGAACCCGUUUGAUGUGAAGGUCACGAAAUUAAAACACGAUGUGGGAGGCAGAAGGAUUAUAGGGACAACUGGUCGGCCGGCGAAAAGUAAGCAGGCGGGGAUCGAGCAGAGGAAGAAAACGCUUUUAAAAGAGUAUGAGGAGAGGAAUCAUGCGGGAGGUAUCGUUGAUCGCCGGUUUGGUGAGAACGACCCGACUAUGACGCCUGAGGAACGCAUGCUGGAGCGGUUCACCCGCGAGCACCAACGUGCAUCCAAGAGCUCUGCGUUCAACCUCGAGGACGAGGACGAGCUCACACACUACGGUCAGAAUCUGUCGAAGCUGGACGACUUCGACAAUAUGGGGCUGGUUCUGGACGAUGACGAGGACGAGGGCCAGAUCGACAGGCAGACGGUGCAGAAGGCCCACUUCGGAGGCUUCGAGGAGGAGGAGGCGGAAGAGGAUGAUCAGGAUGAGCCUGCACGCAAAAAGACGAAGGCAGAGGUCAUGGCAGAGGUGAUUGCCAAGAGCAAAAUGCACAAGAUACAACGGCAAGCGCAACAAGAGGAAGAUGAGAGCCUGCGUCACGAGCUCGACCAGGAGCUUGAUUCCAUUCGCUCCCUCCUCUAUGCCCCCGAUCCAUCCGCAAGCAAAGCUGUCCUUGCAGACGAAAGUGGCGACGUUGCUCCUGCGAAGGCUGUCGCGGAACCUUCGGAGCAGGACCAGGAAUACGACCAGUACGUGCGGGAACUCGUGUUUGAGAAACGCGCGAAGCCGAAGGACCGGACGAAGACAGAAGAGGAGAUAGCGCUAGAGGAGAAAGAGGCUCUCGAGAAGGCCGAGCGGAAGCGUGUACGGAGGAUGAACGGGGAGCCCGAAGACAGUGAGGAUGAGGAAGAGGGCACGACGAAGAGAAAGCGGAGGAAGGGGGUCGGGGAUGACCUAGAGGAUGACUUUUAUGAGGAGGACGGUUUGGGAGGCUUAGGCACUGGGUUGGCUGAAAGUGCGGAGGUGGACAUGAGUGAAGAAGGCGAGGAGGCUGAAGAAGACGAUGGGAGCGAGGAUGGCAGUGAAGAUGAGGACGAGGAAGAUGAAAGAGAAAUCGUGGAUGAUGAGGAGGAGGAGGAGGUCGAGGAGGGAGACGAGGCUUCGGACGGCUCUGAUAUUGAAGGCGAGGAAGGCGAGCCGGAGGCUCUUGUCAGCACUGACAAGCAGCGGACGGCGAAGCCAACAUCUUCAUCUACCAAGGAGCUUCCGUUCACAUUCCCUUGUCCGACAACUCAUGAAGAGUUCCUGGAGAUCGUGGAUGGAAUCGAUGACAACGACGUGCCGACCGUGGUGCAGCGCAUACGCACGUUGCAUCACCCUAGUUUGGCCGAGGACAACAAGGUCAAGCUCCAGGGCUUGACCGGCGUGCUUAUUGACCAUAUACUGUAUAUCACAUCGCCACCCACGCCGCGGUUCACGCUGCUCACAGCACUGAUGCCUCACCUUUUCGCUCUCACCAAAGCAUAUCCCAUACAAUCCGCGGAACAUUUUAUCGCAAAGCUGAAUCUCAUGCACAAGAACCUUCAACGUGGGCUCUCGCGCGGUGCAACUGAGCCUGACACGAAGACGUGGCCAGGACUGCCGGAGCUCUCCUUGCUACGAGUCAUAGGCCAGGUGUGGUCUACGAGCGACAAGAAUCAUAAUGUAGUCUCUCCCGCUCGACUGCUUAUGGGUGCAUAUCUUGGGCUCGGGCGUAUCCGGUCGCUGCAGGAUUUGGCGAGCGGCCUCUACCUCUGUUCACUAUUCUUGGACUAUGAAUCGCUGUCGAAGCGGUUCGUCCCGGAGGCGAUCAACUUGCUUGCAAACGCAGUACUUCACUUGGCGCCACAUCGGUUCAAAGACAAGUCAUUAAUACCAGGACAAUUCCCUUGUGUAGACUACGGCUCUGAGCAUUGUGCGUCCCUCACCAUCGAUGUACGAAAGGCGAAGGGUGCCACGAUGGGCAAGCCAAAUCUCUCUGCCCUGCUCAAUGGAACAACGUCCGACGAGCAGUCAAAAGUAGACCUCCUUGGUUUGACCCUGGAACUCAUCGGGCGUUUCGCGGACAUGUAUAAGAGCCUUGAUGGCUUCAUCGAAUUAUAUGAUCCAAUCAAGGAACUUCUAGACGGUGUCAGGUCGAGAGACUUACCUGAAGAUGUACUGAAGCGUUCUACUGCACUUCGAGAUACCCUCGGACGACUGCUCAAGUUCUCUCGCGAAGCACGUCGUCCGCUCAUGUUGCAGGCUCACAAGCCGAUACCCAUUCCGACCUACAUUCCCAAAUUCGAGCAGUCCUCUUCCAACUACCUCCGCAAUCAUGAUCCGGACCACGAGCGCGAUGGAGCUGCGAAACUGCGCCGACAGUACAAGCAGGAGAAGAAAGGCGCGAUCCGCGAGCUGCGGAAGGACGCACGAUUCCUGGCUGCCGAGCAGCAGAGGCAGCAGAAGGAGAAGGACAGGGCGUACAAUGAGCGUAUGAAGCAAGUGUUCGGAUCAUUGGAGUCUGAGAGGGCGGAGGAGAAGGCGAUGGAGCGAGAGAAGAUGAAAGAGAAGAAGAGAGCGGGCAGGAAGUAGUCACAUACUAUUGUAUAGACAUCAUUGUCUCUCUUCUGCUAUAUUUUGUCUGUCCUUCGGCACGUAUCAGCUGAGAAUUAUAUUAAUUGCGUGUC